AUGCCGCUGUCACAAAUCGAAAAGAGUGUCACACAUUUACUUGUCGCCACCAAGCAGCUGCUUGAAACUUUGACACAGUGGUCCCGUGGCCAGGCCACUGACACGCAGGUUUCCGACGUCUACGUUCGCCUCGGCUACGAGUUCAACAUGGCAUGCCGGGCAUUCACUGCCAUCAAUGUCGAUACCUCCGACCUGGGGAAUGUUCCUGAUUCAUUAAGACACAUCUUGGAGGCCACCCUAAGCCAAGAAGCUAGCGCGGAAAGUCUGGAAAAGUAUCUUCCACGCAUUCGAGACAUCAUCAUUAAUUUGCUCCACGGCUUGAAACGCAAGCAGCAGCGAUUACGGCAGAAGCAGGGAAGGGAGCGGGAUGCUAGUCUGCCCGAGAGAACCACAAGCGUCAGUACAGCGGCGAGCGGCACCAGUGGUUUGACGAACUUGCUGGACGAGGGUUUCGAAAACGGCUAUCGACCUGACGCGUCCCAGCGUGGGGAGUCCAGCCAACAAACGAACAACGGCACAUCGCUGAGCCGUCGUCAUCCCCAGCGGGACCAGGCCCCUGCCCCUAAUGCGCCAGAUCAGCCGACUACAAUGCAGGAUGCUCCUUCGCUUCCACCUUAUCCAGCCGAAAACACCACCAUGCCUCCAUCUUCCUCUGCUGGCGAUUUGAACAUCGACGCCUUCCCGCCGCCUCCGCCACCGCCACCAGACAUGCAGUCAAGCGCUUUAGCGGCUCUACAGAAGGGGGGUGAUUUGGAGCGUCGAGCAUCUCGACGAUACUCUCAGUAUCAGAUUUCAAAACAUUUGGGCGGUGCUGCAAACGCUGUGCCCAUCCUGCCGUCACAAACAACGCCCAUUCCGAACAGAGGGAGAGGAGAGGCGAGAGAAUCAUUACGGGCAGUACAGUCCCGGGAGUCUGUGCAACAUAAACGCAGCCUGUCAAGUCAGCCAAAACCUGCUGUUGUGGAGUCUCCUCCAUCUCGUAUGCCAGGCGUUCUGGGAGACUCUGUUUCGCCUCCUCGGCAGUCCAACCGCCCUGUGGACUCAAGUAACAGUCCAGCUGCACAAACACCGCAAGAGGAUUACGCGCCAAGUUCAACAUUGAACGGCCCUCUACAGGAUCCUCCAUUCACGGGGAAGAGUCUGCGAUCAGGGCCCGACGUCAAGCGUACGAGGCUACAGCCAAAGCCGGAUGAGACACCGACCCUCUCGCAUCCCACAGAGCCCAAACCUGGUGAAUCAUUCUUCCAUGUGUCCCCUCCGCUAACUCCAACCAAAGACCUGACGUUGUUCCUCCAAUACAAAUCCAAGGUCAAGAAGAUUGUCCUCGCCGAAGGACGAGACGAGCUAUCAAUCGGCAGGUUGCAACUGGCAUUUAUUGAAAAGUUUUCAUGGAACACGCAACAUAAUGGCACUGAUCUACCUGAAAUUUAUAUUCAAGACCCCGUGUCCGGUGUUCGACAUGAGCUGGAAGAUUUAUCAGAUAUCAAGGAUAGGACUGUUUUAGUUCUUAAUGUGGAACCACUUGACGAGGUCAAGCGACAUUUUGAUGACGGACUUCUGGCCCUGACCAAGAUUGUUCAAUCCAUGAAGCAGAAUGUCGAUGACCAAGGAACUACACUUCAGCGAGUGUCUGACAGACAACAAGAAACAGCAACGGAGUUGGCUCGCUUGGCAACCGCCUCACCUGUCUCGCCGGCGGCAGAAGGCGGAGUGAGGAUGCUCCCUGGCGCCGGCCGUAAGCUGCACCCUGGUCAGGCUGGCGAGCUUCAAAGUCUGCGCCGCGACCUGGCUGUUUUGCGACAGACUUAUUCUUCCUUCCAGUCAGAUGUUCAGAACUCGAUGACGGCCAUCCGACAGAAGGCUGCCAACGUGAAGUCCGCUGCGUCCAAGGCCGCCAUCCCUGAUAUCGAAGGAAACGCUGGCUAUUCAUACUUGAUCUCUGGGCGAAAACAGCUCAACUCGGAUUCAGAUCGUCUGGUUGGCAAGGUGGAUGACCUGCAAGAUUUGAUCGAGGACUUGCGCAAGGAUGUUGUUCAUCGCGGAGUCCGCCCUCUUCCCCGCCAACUGGAAAGUGUUGCCAAGGACAUUACAAAUCUGACCAGGGAGCUCAAGAGAAUGGAGGACUACAUGGCCAACGAAAAGCCCAUCUGGACCAAGAUCUGGGAGAAGAAGCUAGAGGAUGUAUGCCAAGGUCGAGACGAGCUGCGCCUUAUGGAGGAUCUCAUUGUGGACCUCAAGGACGAUUUGGACAAGGCAUCAGAGACCUUUACUCUGGUUGAACAGGCCACCAAGGAGCAGAUGAAAGACAACGGCACUGGUGCUAGUGCAGGCACGGCACGACAGUUCUCCAGGGGUCUAUCAAAUCUCGGCAACAGCCUGGAUCAAAACGCCGCCAAGGAGGACAUGCUGGGAGAAGUACGAGCUCUGCAGCCGAAUCAUGAGAACCGGCUAGAAGCCAUCGAACGAGCCGAGAAGCUCAGGCAAAAGGAAUUGGAGGGCCGUAGAGGCAAUGCCAUGUUGCGGGAAAUCACCACUUACGUCCAAGACGGCAAGCUAAAGAAGUCGGGUGGCUUUGAAGAGGUGGAACGCGCCAGAAAGGCCAAGGAUGACAGGAUUCGCCGCGAAGUGUGGGAACGCCAAAACGGUAUUGUCCCUGAGAAUCCAAUUGGAGAAGAGGAGUUGAAGCGAGAAGAACCGGCCGAACAAUCUGCUGAUGGCGAGGAAUUCCAUGAUGCUACACCGACGCCCGCGACUGAAAAUGAGGCCCCGGUAGCAGCUGAGACUGAUGCCUAG